AUGGAAGUUGAUUCGGAUUAUCUCAACUGUCGAACUUGUCGUGUUCGUUUCGCCGAAAGCGCGGCUCACAGAGACCAUUUCAAAUCGGAAUGGCAUUUGUACAAUAUCAAAAGAAAGGUGAUCAAAUUAGCUCCGAUAAGCGUAGAAGAAUUCGUCGAACGGCAACUUUUAUCGCAAGGUGGCUCCUGCGUCAGCUCUGAGCUUGGAGAAACCGACUGGUACUGUGCUUACUGUAGCCGUCGAUUUCAGUCGAAACGCGCCUGGCUCAACCACCAAGAAAGCCAGAAACAUAAGCAGAAAGAAAACGAUCAUGUCAGUCGAGGAAUGCAACGAAUCAAAGUCCUGACCGAGGAAGCAAGAGCUCGAGGAAUGCCAGCGCCAUCGCGUGAUGAAAUGAACGAAAUACUCAAGCCUCCUCUUCGACAGAAAAAGACGACGGGAAAGGCUUGGGGACACGGAGACGCACCGCGGUACAAAUGGCUCAAAGAAAUCGGAAUGCUGGAAAGUGACGAUGACGAAGACGACUGCAUCGAUGAAGAAGAUGACGAGUGGGAAGACAUAGCAGAAGUUGAUGCUCAAAGUCUCGCGUCAGAAGUUGGAGAAGCCGAGCAACGAGACAUUUCUAUUCAAGAGUGUCUUUUCUGUGGAGUUUUCGGGAAAUCGUGGGAGGAUAACUUGAGACACAUGUCCAAGAAACACGAUUUCAGAAUUCCUGAUUUGGCUUUUGUAAAGGAACCGAAGGAGCUGAUGCAGUAUCUGGCCGACAAAGUGGGCAAAGGAAACAUGUGCCUCGUCUGCAGCUUGGACGGAAAGGCGUUUUUCUCGUUGAAGGCGGUCAGAAUGCAUAUGAUCGAAAAAGGCCACUGUCGAAUUUCAACGGAUGGCGAUAACGCACUAGAGCUCGUCGAUUUCUACGACUUUACCAAGGCAGAUGAUCAGCCAGAGCUCAUCAGAGAUGGUCUGUCAGAAGACGAGCAAAUUCCAGUUGAAAGUCAAGGCUACGAACUUGUCUUGCCUAGCGGAGCGAUUCUUGGUCAUCGCCAGCUGAAGAGAUAUUUUUCUCAACGACACGUCGAAAUCAAGCAUAAACCGCGCGACAACGCUCCCCCUCAAUUCAAAGCAAUAGGUUUUGGAGAAAAUGAAGCUAGUCAUGAAGCUCUGGUAGCCAAGGAUCUCCGUCAUGUUUGGAAGAUGGUUGCGAAGAAUCAAGUCAAAUCCGAGCUGCGAAAUAAUAAAGUGUCCAGAAAGUUCUUCAAGGAUCCUACUGGCUUGAUACAGUAA